AUGCCAUUUAUUUUGUGGCACGAUCUGAUCGUUAACGGAUGCCCAAAUGUGACAAUCAACAGUCGUGAUCCAGCACAGAAAGUUCACCGAUGGUUUCGAAGGGUAAACCGAUUUUCGAACACAGACCAAUGUGAGCCUUAUAUCUUCCCAUAUUGCGCCGAACUGGACUUCAAUUUGUGGCGUUCACCAAGGACCAAACAGGAAUGCGAACUCUACUGCUACUCAUUAGCAGAACAACGGAAACGUGGAAUUAUUUGA